CCAGAAACGCCUGCGCCACAGGGAGCUAGUCAAAAAGAAGAAGCUGAGUCAGCCACUCGCCACAAUGCGAUUAUGAACAUCCCAAACUUCGCCUUCGGAGCUUGCAUUGACAUAUCGUCAAGCAAUCAACCUCCAUCGUGACUGCCAAGCUCUCUAUCGAGCAUUCAAACCAUCUUUUGCAGCGCGAAAAAAACAAAAAUCAAUCACAUAAACUCAUCUCCAAAAUGGCCAACUAUCUCGCCUCCAUUUUCGGAACGGAGCAAGACAAAGUCAACUGCUCCUUCUACUACAAAAUCGGCGCGUGUCGCCACGGUGAUCGCUGCUCGCGCAAACACGUCAAGCCAUCAUACUCGCAGACAAUCCUCCUGCCGAACCUAUACCAGAACCCAGCCUAUGAUCCCAAGAACAAGAUGAACCCGUCGCAGCUCCAGAACCACUUCGACGCGUUCUACGAGGAUAUCUGGUGCGAGAUGUGCAAGUAUGGCGAGUUGGAGGAGCUGGUAGUGUGUGAUAAUAAUAACGAUCAUCUCAUCGGAAACGUCUACGCGAGAUUCAAAUAUGAAGAUUCGGCACAGGCGGCCUGCGAUGCUCUCAACUCCAGAUGGUACGCGGCACGGCCUGUAUAUUGCGAGUUAUCGCCCGUGACAGAUUUUCGAGAAGCGUGUUGUCGGUUGAAUUCCGGCGAAGGGUGCGUGCGUGGUGGAUUCUGCAAUUUCAUCCAUCGCAAGGAGCCGAGUCCCGAGUUGGAUAGGGAGUUGCAGCUGUCGACGAAGAAGUGGUUGAAGAUGAGAGGACGCGACGAGCGGAGUGUCAGCCGAAGUCCGAGUCCGGAGCCGACGCGGAAGAGAUAUUAGACUGGGGAAAACAUGCAGAAGAUACAGCUAUCGUGAUCCUGGGCCUCUGGUGAUUAUGCGUCGGUUCUGCGUCUCAGUGUUGUAAUGAAGCGGUGGGUGAGAAGAAACCAUGGAACAAAAGUUUCGAUUGGAGCAAGGCGUUCUGGUCUGGGGUAUUUCAUAUACACUUCAUAUUUCCAAGUUUGUCCCAAUACGAGAUAAAUGUCUCACAUUGAUAUUAUGUACAGUACCUAUCUAUCCGUCUAUUCUAGUUCUGAGUGAUAUCCCACUGAAUAUGACAAGGUGCUUGAAAGAGGAAAA